UUUAGUCCAUAGAAAUUAUACUCUUUUUCACUUGUCUUUUAUCUUCACUUUCUGCACAUUCUUUUCAACCACUUUAUAUAUACAUAGUGUAACUGUAUGGAAUCCUUGUCACAAAAGUUAUACAACUAAGCUCAGUAUCCACAGACAAGCACAUCUGUACUCCAUUAUUUAAUCUCAUCAUUUAAACCCCUUUUCCCUAUGUACCAUCAUUCAUUACUUCAUUGUAGAUUCUUGAAUUAUCUCAUUCCACAAAAUAAAAGUGCUUACUUUUUUGUGAAGUAAAAAAAUUGUUGUGAUCACAAAAUGAGAGGUUUCUUGAUUCUGGGUUUGUUUUUGUUUGUGCUAGUUCCAUUUACUUCAGCUCAAUUAGUUCCUGCUGAAAGUAGAAUCCUUUUCCAAAUUCAACAGUUUCUUGAAUUUCCACAAGUUCUUCAACAAUGGAAUAAAUGGACUAAUUUUUGUCUCCUACCACAAUCUCCUUAUCUUGUUGUAACAUGUUCUGAUAAUCAUAUAACAGAAUUAACAAUUGUUGGUAACAAAAGGUCUCCUUCUGAGUCUUUGAAGUCCACUGGUCCACAAGCUUUGUCAGGGAAAUUUCCUAUUGAUUCAUUUUUCACUGUUGUUACUAAGUUAUCUAGUUUGAAGAAGUUGUCAUUGGUUUCACUAGGAUUAUGGGGUCCAUUGCCUGGUAAAAUUAGUAGGCUACAUUCACUUGAGGUACUUAAUAUUAGUUCAAAUUUCAUUGUUGGUGGAGUGCCAUCAUCAAUAGUAAAUUUCAAGAAUUUGAAGUCUCUUGUUUUGGCUAGAAAUUUGUUUAAUGGAAGUGUACCAGAUCUAAAAGUGUUAAAGAAUCUUCAAGUUUUGGAUUUGAGUGAUAAUAAACUAGGACCAAAGUUUCCAUCUUUAGGGAAUAGUAACAACCUUGUUUUGCUUAAUUUGAGCAACAAUUUGUUUAGAUCAGAAAUUCCUAAUGGACUUAACAAGUAUACUCAUUUGCAAGUUCUUGAUUUGUCUUCUAACAAACUUGUUGGUCCAAUGCCUUCUUUUAUAUUUUCACUUCCAGCAAUUCAGUCUAUUAGUAUUGCUAAGAAUCAGCUAAGUAGUGCACUUCCUGCUAGUAUGUCUUGUAGUAACAACCUUAAGUUUGUCGAUGUUUCGAGUAAUUUGUUGAUAGGAAAGUUGCCUGCUUGUCUUGGAUCAAGUUCAAGAAACAGGACAGUGAUUAAUGUUUGGAAUUGUUUGUCAAGUACUAGUAGUAAGUAUCAGCAUCCAGUUUCAUUUUGUGAGAAGCAAGCAAUUGCUGUUAAGCCCCCUCCAAGAACUAAUGAUGGGAAGCAACAAUCAACUGUCAAGCUUGGUGUUGUUCUAGGACUCAUUGCAGGAAUUGUUGUAGUUGUUGGUGGAAUUGGUUUGCUGAUCUUUUUCGUUGUCAAGAAAGUUGUGAGAAAUAGAGUUCAAGGAUAUAAAAAUGACAGCUUUGCUUUUGAGAAGAAUUCAACUCUUUCUAAAACUGCUGAUGGAGGAAAUGCAAGGAGAACAAUGAGGAUGGUAUCAUUAGGACUUCCACCAUAUAAUGUUUUCACUCUGGAGGAAAUGGAAGAAGCAACAAACAAUUUUGAUCCAACUAAUCUGGUUGGAGAAGGUUCCCAGGGUCAGCUAUAUAGAGGUUGUCUUAGAGAUGGAACAGUGGUCCUGGUGAAAUGUCUGAAGUUGAAGCAGAAGCAUUCACCUCAAAUUCUGCAGCAGCACAUGGAGAUGGUCUCAAAGCUAAGACAUAGGCAUUUGGUCAGUGUGCUUGGACACUGUGUUGUUACUUACCAAGAUCAUCCAAAUACAGCUAGCACUGUAUUUAUUGUUCUUGAAAAUGUUGUCAAUGGAUCACUGAAAGAUCAUCUUAGUGAUUGGAGAAAAAGGGAUGUAUUGAAAUGGCCACAAAGAAUGGGAAUAACUAUGGGCAUUGCAAAAGGAAUUCAAUAUUUGCACACUGGAGGAGUCACUGGAAAUGACAUUAAGCUUGAGAAUGUUUUGUUGGAUGAGACUCUUACUGCUCGAAUAAGCAGCUAUAAUAUAUCUUUGCCACCUAAGGUUGGUUCGGAAAGUCCUCUUGCUGGACCAGACCAAUUCACCAGCGUGAAGCAAGCAGAAAAGGAAGACAUCUAUCAAUUGGGAGUUAUUCUACUAGAGGUUAUUAUUGGUAGACCAAUCAACUCUCGAAGCGAAGCAGAAGACCUUAAGCUUCAGGUGGAGACUGCCUUAGCGGAAUCACCAUCAAAGCUACGAGAUUUAACAGAUCCUUGUAUUCGGGGUACAUUUGCAUAUGACUCAUUGAAAACAACAGUCCAGAUAGCGAUAAACUGCCUUGAAAAAGAACUGAGCAGGCGACCAUCAGUCGAAGAUGUUCUCUGGCAUAUGCAAUACUCAAUUCAGGUUCAAGAAGGAGCAACAAACAGUGGAAACCUCAGUGGGAACCAAAGUGGAAAAAUAAGUGGAAGUCUUAAUAAUAAGUUUUACUAGUAAAGGAGAUCUGUCAUUAUAUUGUUUUAUCUUGUUGUUUAGUAACUUGUAUGCAUCCUGUAUAGCACAGUUCAGUAGCUUACCGAAUAACAAAUGUCCCAAGUUCACAAUACAAAGCAAAUUUUCAUGGAAGUUGAGAAUCUCGUCCGUGAACUUGGGAAAAACUUAUCAACAUCCGGUGUUUAUACCAACCUAAUGAACACACAAAAUGUACCUUCACGUACGUUGUUAUUACAAAAUUAUAGUUAAUUAAUAAAUACAUUAAUUUGAAGUGCA